ACCCAGGGAUCCCUUUUAUUGAGGUAUUAGAAGCUUAUCCUGAAAAUUCAAAACCAAUUCAGAAGUUAAAAACUCAAUGCUUCACAUUACCUAUCCCUUGGAAUAAUUCUCUCAAAUUUCUGGAUAAGUAUAACGGUGGAACCAUAUAA